AUGGAGUAUACCAAUGUCCAAUCAGAGGGGGGACUCAGAGUCAAUCUUACCAUCAGGCUCCUCAUGCACGGCAAGGAGGUCGGUAGCAUCAUUGGCAAGAAAGGAGAAACAGUGAAGAAAAUGCGUGAGGAGAGCAGUGCCCGUAUAAACAUUUCAGAAGGGACCUGUCCCGAAAGGAUAGUCACUAUCACAGGGCCUACAGAUGCCAUAUUUAAGGCUUUUGCCAUGAUUGCAUACAAGUUUGAAGAGGACAUUGUUACUUCCAUGAGUAACAGCCAGGCCACCAGUAAACCUCCAGUGAGCCUGCGUCUGUUAGUGCCAGCCAGCCAGUGUGGCUCUCUAAUCGGGAAGGGAGGCUCUAAGAUCAAGGAGAUGAGGGAGUCUACAGGAGCCCAGGUGCAGGUGGCAGGAGACAUGCUACCAAACUCUACCGAGCGCGCUGUUACCAUCUCGGGAACUCCAGAUGCCAUCAUUCACUGUGUGAAGCAGAUCUGCAUGCUGAUGCUGGUGUGUCCACCCAAAGGUGCCACUAUCCCGUACAGGCCUAAGCCUGCCUCUAUUCCCAUGAUCUUCUCCGGGGCGCAGGUAAGGGCAGAUGGGCUGGCGGCACCCUCAGCGACCAACCUCAGCCUGUUGCUGCAGCACCAGCCACUGCCUACAUACACCAUUCAGGGGCAGUUUGCCAUCCCUCAUCCCGAUUUGACCAAACUCCAUCAGCUGGGUAUGCAGCAAACCCCCCUCCCCCCCCUUGGACAGACCACACCCACUUUCCCUGGUCUGGAUGCCAGUUCACAGACCAGUAUUCAUGAGCUUACCAUUCCAAAUGAUCUAAUAGGAUGCAUAAUUGGACGCCAGGGCACAAAAAUCAAUGAGAUUCGUCAUAUGUCAGGGGCUCAGAUCAAAAUCGCUAACGCCAUGGAGGGGUCAUCAGAUCGUCAGAUCACCAUCAUGGGCACACCUGCCAACAUCAGCUUGGCACAGUAUCUCAUUAAUGCCAGGUUUCAGGAUGUGGCAGCAAUGUGGACUGAUCCUGUUACUAUGACGACCUUUUGA